UUCGGUGCAGGGAAGAAGUAUCGCUUUACAGAUCCAGCAAGAUGAACCGCUUUAUUUUGAUUCAUUUUGCUCUUUUUGCAUCUGUACUAACAGGUGUUUUUGGAGACCAGCUGACCGUUUUGCGUAGUCCCCAGUAUGUGAACUUUAAGCCGGGAACUUGGCCGAUAUCAGGAGAGAAGAUCCCGGACCUGGUGGCUCUUACCAUGGGCUUUUCUGUUCAUGAGGAUCUUGGAUGGCCAGGCCUAGCGGCUGGUUCCUUGUUCCAGCGUCCUCGUGCCAAUGCCCUGAUUGCUGUACGUGGUGUCGACAGUCUGGAUCUUCCCUCCAAUAUGUCCUCAUAUCCACUUGACAAUCCGGUGCCAUUUACCCUGGACAGCGUUGCUAAUUCCAUCCACAGUUUGUUUGCUGAAGGCACUCCUGUGGUUCUGCAGCUUGCACCCAGCGACGAGAGGCUGUAUAUGAUGGGCAUGGCCAACACAGUGUUUGAGGAUUUACCGGUCACUCUGCAGCAGAUACGCUCUCGUCUCUCACAGGAGGGAUCAGUCCUGCACUCUCUCCCUCUCAACUCACUGAGCCGAAACAAUGAGGCGGAUCUGCUCUUUCUGUCUGAGAUUCAAGUGCUGCAUGACAUCUCUGCUCUGCUGCUAAGACAUAAGCACUUGGCUAAGGACCAGGCUCCUGACCUCUUUUCUCUGGAGUUGGCCGGUAUGGAGGAACUUGCUCGACGCUAUGGCACUGAAUCACCCCAGUUCCAGGAUGCCAGGAAGAUCCUAGCCGCUGCGCUGCAGAAGUUUGCCGAUGAUGUCUUUGGUGUUUACACCAACAACGCUGUGGUGGAAGUGGUGACAGUAAAGACAUUUGAGGCGCUGCUUACCAGAAAGUCACGCUCCAUCCUGGAGAGCAAACAGAUUAGCAACCCUGGAAGCCCCUACAAUUUGGCCUACAAAUACAACUUUGAGUACGCUGUGGUGUUCAACAUUGUACUGUGGCUCAUGAUCGUGCUGGCUGUGGCCGUCAUCGUCAUCUCGUACAACCUGUGGAACAUGGACCCCGGCUACGACAGCAUCAUCUACAGGAUGACCAAUCAAAAGAUCCGCAUGGAUUAAUCAUGCAUUCCUAAUAGUGUUGUAUUCUGUGUGUGUGUGCGUGUGUGUAUGUUUCUCAUUUUCAAACAGCUCAGCUGAACAUUCAGUGGUUGUGUUUACAUGCAGAUUUUGGCAGUGUAUUCCAAUUUUAGAUUUCUAUUACAAGUGUUAGAAGCAUCAAUAUGAGAAAAGUUAUUAGCCAAGUGCUCUGGGACCUUUCAUUUAAACAAACCAAUACUUAAACAUGUGUGUGUGUUUAUUUAUUCCAUUACAAUUCUUAAUGUAACUGGAGUUUUGGAGGAAAAGCUUUGAAAACCACUGCAUGUGAACAUAGCUGGUACGUGUUUAUGCUGUUGAAAACAUUGCUGUGGUUGUCACACUGACGUAUAGAUGUAGGAUAAAAAUAUUUAUUGAUGCCUACUUUUUAGUUAAGGUUAGAAACUUAAAAGAAAAACGAAUCGAUAAAAUGCAAAUAUUCGCCAAAUUAGAAUUCAGGAUGUAAAUAUGAUUUUGAGCAGUUGUCAUUGUAGAGUUGUAAUCGUAUUGUGUUCAUAUUUCAACAGAAUGAGUCAUUUUUAUUUAUUGCUGAUUUGUUGGUUUAAUUUUAAAUACUAAUACACUGGACUUUCAUCAUGACUGUCGAAUGCUUGUAUCUACAGAACAAAGUAUGGAAUCUGCAUUCAGAAUCCAGUAAAUAAAAACUGAAAGGAUUAUUUCAGUCUGAAAUGUAAGAGUAAAACAUUUGCUUGUUCUUCGACUGGGAGGGGACACAUUUUUUUUUCAUGACUGGUUUUCUGGCGUCUGGGAGUUAGUGGAUUGGAAGUAGUGCGGUUAGAGCUGCUGAAUGCUUAUGUAGUGACGAGCUUUAAUUGUACAUUAGCAGACGUUUAAAACGAAGCAGUGACUUUACCAUUCUUGAAGAAUUUACCCUCCCAGGUUGGUGGCCAUCAUUUAGUAAUUGGUUAUUGGCAGUGACUAAGAAUUGGGGAACAUGGAGUAAAAAAAAAACCCAUAAAGACAGCAAGUACUUUUAGUAAAGUGUUGUCAUGUUACUUAAGUGAUGAAUGAAUACAUUUAAGGUUAUUUGUUAUUAUUGUUGUGAAUAAAUGGAACUUUAAAUCAAAUAAAAAAGAUUCCCUUUACUCUU